AUGAAAAAUCGACUGCUCCCCAGCUUUCCGACCGCAGGCCGUCAAUCGAGCCUCUGCUUUCAAGUUUCACAGUCAGUAACGGCAUCAAUACGAUGGUCAUCAUCAGGCUCUCGCUGGAAACAGCGCCAGGGUCGCGACUCCUACGCCCGUGGUGCAAAGGUCCAGGGACUGAAAAGCCGUGCAGCCUUCAAGCUUCUCGAGAUGGACUCUAAAUACCGGCUAUUCAAGGGCAAUGGACAGACAGUGGUCGACCUGGGAUAUGCACCAGGCAGUUGGUCACAGGUUGCCGUGGAAAGGACAAAGCCUAAUGGAAGAGUGAUUGGUAUCGACCUCAUUCCGGCACAGCCACCUCGUGGUGUAGCAACUUUCCAGGGUGACUUCCUUUCACCAGUCGUACAGGAGAUGGUCAAGAAGUUCAUUCUAGAAAGUCACCGACGCCCACCUCCUAUGCAGGAAAGUGAUGAGACCGACAGCUCCGAUCCAGACGAGAGGAUCACAAUUGAUCGGCCAAGCUACCUCGACAUGGAACGCCACGCUGGCCAGAACGAAGCGCCAGUACCCAAGGCAGAAGCCUCAAAGAAGCGUAUUGUAGAUGUUGUUCUAAGUGACAUGUCAGCACCCUGGGAGCAAACCACCGGCUUUAACGUGAACACCCUGAGUAAUCCCUAUCAUAGGUUGAUGAACACGAGCGGAAACGCCUUUCGUGACCACGCCGGAAGCAUGGACCUAUGCGCUGCUGCUUUGCAGUUUGCCAGCGACACCCUUAGAUCUGGUGGACAUUUCGUUUGCAAGUUCUACCAGGGAUCCGAGGAUAAGGAAUUUGAGAAGAAACUGAAAACGCUCUUCACCAAAGUGUUUAGAGAAAAGCCCGAGUCUUCAAGAAAGGAGAGCCGCGAAGCAUACUUUGUUGGUUUGCGACGGAAACCGGGCGUCACAAUAGGGCCCUCAGAAGAUGUAGAAGAAUAA